UUUUUUCGUAUUAAUUUAAACUUAAUUUCCCUCCUGUCAACAAUCAGUUAAUUGUUAACUUGUCACCAUCAAGGAAAGAUCAUUUUCUUUGAUUGUCAUUGGUUUUUCGUUUAUUGGAAAAUAGAUUCAAAUUCAUUUUCUUUCUUUGUCUUUUCUUAUGUGUUAACCUUUUGGACUUAAAUGUGUUAACUUUUCUCUUUGUGGAAUAUUUUUUUUGUUUCUCUUCUUCUUUGUUUUCUUCUUCCAUUUUUGUUCUCUUGUUUUCUAAUUAUUUCUCUUACAAUGAAGAUUCUUUUUUGUCUAUUGGUGAUAUUAUCAGUUUUCUCCAUUGGUCAAACCAGAUCGAAUCGUAAAUCGUUCCGAGUUGCAUUGAAAAAGAUUGAAACUGUUCGACAUCGGCUCCAUUCGGUUGGCACUCCAAUCAAAUAUGCUCUUCCUCGUAACCACCUUAAGGCUCUUGUUAAAAAUGGAUCACCGAUUCCUGAACCUUUGAGUAAUUACCUGGAUGCUCAAUAUUAUGGAGAGAUUUCAAUUGGUACUCCUGGUCAACCAUUUAAAGUAAUUUUCGACACCGGAUCAUCAAAUCUUUGGAUUCCCUCGAAACAAUGUAAAUGGACAAACGUUGCCUGUUUAAUUCACAAUAAAUAUGACCACAAUAAGAGUAAAACUUAUGUCGCCAACGGAACUGACCUUGAAUUACGUUAUGGAACUGGUUCUAUGAAAGGUUUCCUGUCCACUGAUGUGGUCAAUAUCGGCUCUGCUGCCGUUCAGAAUCAAACUUUCGGUGAAGCUGUUAUCGAACCAGGAAUAACUUUCGUUGCUGCAAAAUUUGACGGAAUCCUUGGCCUAGGGUUUUCAAGUAUCUCGGUUGACGGUGUUACCACGAUCUUUGAGAAUAUGAUUGAACAAAAUUUGGUUCAAGAUGCAGUUUUCUCUUUCUAUCUAAGCCGUGAUCCAUCAGCUAGUGUAGGUGGUGAGAUAAUCUUUGGUGGAUCUGAUCCUGAUCACUAUCAUGGUGAUUUAUCUUACGUUCCUGUUACCCGAAAAGCAUAUUGGCAAUUUGAAAUGGACGCUGUUACCGUCGAUGGACUUGAACAAUCAUUUUGUUCAGGUGGUUGUCAAGCAAUCGCCGAUACUGGUACCUCAUUAAUUGCUGGUCCAGUCGAGGAAGUAACUUAUAUAAAUAAAUUCCUAAAAGCUAAACCAUUGGUCAACGGGGAGUAUUCAGUUGAUUGUGAUCGUAUUCCUGAUCUUCCAACCAUAACAUUUAAAAUUGGUGGUAAACUUUAUCCAUUAGAGGGAAAAGAUUACAUUCUCCAAGUCAGCCAAUUUGGACGGACAGUUUGUCUUGUUGGCUUAAUUGCCAUGGAUAUACCGAAACCAAUGGGACCACUAUGGAUAUUGGGAGAUGUUUUCAUUGGACCUUAUUACACUGAAUUUGACCUUGGUAAUGAGCGUUUGGGUUUCGCUAAAGCCAAGUAAAGACUUAAAGACAAAGACGACAAUUAAAAGUUACCAUUGAACCUUAA